UUACGUAUGCGGAAGCUCCGGCCCGAGCGAUCCAGGGAAACGGGCUCUAAAGGCUGGACGGAGCACUGUUGUGUGUAUAAUCGCAUUUUACCGGUUAUAGCACGACCGAGCCGUGGUAGCUAGAGCGGAUCAGAGCAAUUAACAUAACACAAUGAACAACACCAGUAAAGAGGCGGGGACGACUGGAAAUAGCAUCCUAGGACCGGGUGAGAUGCAAAUGGCUCCCUCACUGAACCACAAGCAGCAUGAUAGCGGCACCGGUGACGAGUUGGUGAGCACAGUGACGCUUUACAGGCGCAGGCCUCGGCUGCUACACGGCACCAUCCUCCCGUUUCUGGCAGUUUUUUACCCGUGCUGGCUGUACGUGUGGCUAGGAGUAUAUGGUGCACCCGAGUAUCCCGAGGCAGGCCUCCUGGCGUUAGCUGCUAUCGGGAUUGCGCACGUCCUCACAGCUCUUUCUGGUUAUUGGUCCGUGCACGCGCACUGUUGGCUGACUUGUUCAAAGGAACCAGAUCCAAACAAGGCUACACUGGCAAAGGUCAUACCCACCCCCAACAAUGGCUCUGCUGAGCUCGUGGCACUACAAAGGGACCAGGAGACACUGUCUUUUGAGUUUCAAAAGAUCCGCUACAUCUUUGACCACAAAGAAAAGAAAUGUUUCCUUCCAAUAGCAUUCCCCAUCAACCAUCCAAUGGGCUACUUCCAGUCUUGGCGGGGCUACCAAGAUGAGGGGGACCUCAGAGCUGCAGAAAAAUGCUAUGGCACCAAUCGGGCUGAGAUGGUUGUGCCGGAUUUUCUGGAGCUUUUCAAAGAAAGAGCCACAGCUCCCUUUUUUGUUUUCCAGGUUUUCUGUGUUGGGCUGUGGUGUCUGGAUGAAUACUGGUACUACAGUGUUUUCACACUCUUCAUGUUGGUAGCAUUUGAGGCCUCUCUUGUUCAGCAGCAAAUGAGGAAUAUGUCUGAAAUAAGACGGAUGGGAAACAAACCCUACAUGAUUCAGGUGUAUCGUAACAGGAAGUGGAGGCCUGUUUCAAGUGACGAGCUGGUCCCCGGUGACAUUGUUUCAAUAGGUAGAUCUCCUCAGGACAACUUGGUGCCCUGUGACGUGCUGCUGCUCAGGGGUCGCUGUAUUGUAGAUGAGGCGAUGUUGACUGGAGAGUCUGUGCCACAGAUGAAGGAGCCAAUCGAGGACCUAGACUCAGAGCAGGUCCUGGACUUGCAGCUAGACUCACGACUUCAUGUAAUCUCUGGUGGGACCAAAGUAGUCCAACAUAGCCCUCCGUUAAAAGCUAGCGCUGGUCUUAAACCUGUGGACAAUGGCUGUGUAGCUUAUGUUCUGAGAACAGGAUUCUACACAUCUCAGGGUAAACUGUUGCGGACCAUCCUGUUUGGGGUGAAGAGAGUGACGGCAAACAACCUGGAGACUUUUAUCUUCAUCCUUUUCCUCCUUGUGUUUGCUGUUGCUGCAGCUGUUUAUGUUUGGGUUGAAGGAACCAAGGAUCUCAGCCGGAACCGAUACAAGCUGUUCCUGGAGUGCACACUAAUUCUCACCUCUGUGGUUCCACCAGAACUCCCUAUAGAGCUUUCUCUGGCCGUUAACACAUCUCUUAUUGCACUGGCUAAACUUUAUGUGUUCUGCACAGAGCCCUUCAGAAUACCAUUUGCAGGGAAAGUGCAGGUUUGCUGUUUUGACAAAACUGGAACACUGACCAGUGACAGCCUUGUUGUACGGGGAGUAGCUGGCCUCAGGGGAGGAAAGGAGGUGAUGCCAGUGUCUGAAAUCCCAGUUGAGACGCAUCGAGUGGUGGCCACCUGUCACUCACUAGUUACACUGGACGAUGGACAGCUGGUUGGAGAUCCACUGGAGAAAGCCAUGCUGACCGCUGCUGACUGGACGCUGACUAAAGAUGAAAAGGUUUUUCCACGUGGCAUUAAAACCCAGGGCCUGAAAAUCCACCAGCGAUUCCAUUUUGCGAGCGCUCUGAAAAGAAUGUCUGUCCUGGCUUCCUACGAAAAAAUGGGGUCAACUGAGCUUUGUUACGUCUCAGCUGUCAAAGGAGCUCCAGAGACACUCAGAGGAAUGUUUUCUGCAUACCCAGAGAGUUACGACACAGUCCACAGGGAAAUGUCUCGAGAAGGAGCUCGAGUUCUAGCUUUGGGCUACAAGGAGAUGGGGCAUCUCAGUCAUCAGCAGGUUCGGGAGAUAAGUCGUGAUGCACUGGAGUGCAACCUGCAGUUUGCUGGGUUCAUGGUUGUGUCCUGCCCACUCAAGAGUGACAGCAAGGCUGUCAUCAAAGAAAUCCAGGAAGCAUCUCAUCAUGUGGUUAUGAUUACAGGUGACAACCCUCUGACAGCUUGCCAUGUAGCAAGAGAGCUCUACUUUAUCCAGAAAGAACACACAGUUAUCUUACAGCCAACCCCCGACCAAAGUGAUUGGCACUGGGAGUCCAUAGAUGGCAGUGUGCGUGUACCAGUGCCCCCUCCUUCCCUGUCUUCAUUUGUGCAAGAGUUUGACUUGUGUGUAACAGGAGAGGGACUGGCCAGAUUAAGCAGUAACCCUCUGCUACUCCACACCCUGUUGCCCCACAUUCGAGUGUUUGCUCGAGUCAGUCCAAAACAAAAAGAAUAUGUGAUCACAAGUCUAAAGGGGCUAGGCUACGUAACCCUGAUGUGCGGUGAUGGUACGAACGAUGUUGGAGCACUCAAACACGCCCACGUAGGUGUUGCUCUGUUAGCCAAUGCACCAGAACGCAUCCCUGAGAAAAAGAAACGUGUUAGAGAGAGGGAUGGGCCAACAGAGUCUAGAUCUUUACCUCUAGUAACACCUGGAGGGAAACUAAGCUCCAGAGCAGCCAAGCAUAGGCUGAUGGCCCAGAGGGAAGAGCAGCUUGCAGCACAAAAGGAGAGGAUCAGUCAGGUCCUACGGGAAAUGGAAGAAGAUCAGAUGCAAGUAGUGAAGCUGGGAGACGCCUCAAUUGCAGCUCCUUUUACCUCAAAGCUUUCUUCAAUACAAUGCAUUUGCCAUGUAAUAAAGCAAGGCCGCUGCACUCUUGUGACAACGCUCCAGAUGUUUAAAAUCCUGGCUCUGAAUGCCCUGGUUCUGGCCUACAGCCAGUCUGUACUCUACCUCGAGGGCGUCAAGUUCAGUGAUUUCCAGGCAACCCUACAGGGCCUGCUGUUGGCUGGGUGCUUCCUCUUCAUUUCUAGAUCAAAACCACUGAAAACAUUGUCAAGAGAGCGACCGUUGCCAAACAUCUUCAACCUUUAUACGGUGCUAACUGUGCUGUUGCAGUUUGCUGUUCACUUUUGUAGUCUGGUGUAUCUUUACAAAGAGGCUCAAAGCAGAAGUCCACCCAGAGCGGAGCAGUUUGUUGACCUGUACAAAGAAUUUGAGCCCAGUCUAAUUAAUAGCACAGUGUAUAUUAUGUCUAUGGCCAUGCAGAUGGCAACUUUUGCCAUUAACUACAAGGGUCACCCUUUCAUGGAGUCUCUCAGUGAGAACCGACCGCUACUGUGGAGCAUUGCUUUGUCAGCCUUAGCAAUUGUGGGACUUCUCACCGGCUCCUCGCCAGAAUUUAAUGAACAAUUUGCUCUUGUAGAUAUUCCAACAGAGUUCAAAAUGAUCAUAGCCCAGGUUCUGGUGGUGGACUUUGUUGCAGCUCUUCUGGUGGACCGUGUCCUGCAGUUCCUGCUCGGAAAAGGAACACUCAGGCUGCCCUCUUGAACUUAGUGCCAACAGCGAGUGCUGCCUUUACCAGUCCAAUUGUAAAGGGAGAGAAAACCAUGACUGUGGAAGACAAAACUGUUAUAACACACGUAUAACAGUUGAGAUGUCAUGGCCAGCAGUACUGUACACUCUGUGGAUUCCUGCCCUCAUUCCACUUCACACCUCUGUGAACACCUGUUUCUGUGUUGUUUUUUUGUUUUUGUUAUUUAUAACCUUUUUCCUUUCAAACCUCUUCAUUUUUUUCUACAUUUCUAUUUUUUUCUCUAUCUCUCUUGAUCUGUCCUUCCGUGCUGCUACAAAAGGCCAUGACGACAGCAGUAUUGAGUGGAGUGUGAGACUGUGUGCCAGCCAGAGUAAAACACAGACACACCAAUGGGCAUUCUCUAAGAGAAUUGCAGAAGUGUUUCUAAGUUGUUGUUUUUCUGCUUUCUCUCCCUAAUUUUGUAUAAAGUGAAAAAUAUCUCUAACAGACUGAUAAAGACAAUUACAAAAA